AUGAAGAAUAAGGAGGAGCUGAUGAAGGAGAAAGCCGAGCGUGCUAAAAGGGAUCGCGAGGAGCGCGCAAUGCGCGUGAAAAUGAACAAUAAGAAGAAGGAGGAGGAAGCGAUGGAGAAGCUGCGAAUUAUAAAAAUGCGCGAGCAGCAAAUUGAAGCGCUGAAGCAGCAGCAACGGAUGCCGCCACGCGCCAUCUCAAAGUCGCCCUGCCGCACUAGAGGAUAUUACAAUCGUAUGCAGAAGCAGCCGAUGAUUCGCGCUGUGUCCUCUCAGGAUAUUGCUGGGAUUGUAGUUGGACCGUCUGAUCAGAAAGAAGAGCGUUUUCGUGGCAAACGAGGACGCAGUGGUGGCGAGAAACAAGAUGUUGCUAACAAACGACAAAAGUACGAUGGAUCAGGGCCCAGCGGAACAAAGAGUAGCGUUGCUCGGAAAACGCGCUCCAAGACACCGCAGACGACUGUAACCACAGUGACUGUAGGCGUGGAUGCUCGAGAAGCCAUGGCGAAUAAAGAAGCGAGUAUGAAUUCGCUGCAGUUUGAAGAGGCGCAAAAUGAAGAAGCAGUGCAGACAGGAUGGAGUCUGCGCAGUAAGAUUGAUUCACUGGAUGAAAUGGGAAAGAUUGCAGAAAAAAAUGAUAUCACACCGACGGAAGUGAUGAAGUCAACGCCAUGUCCUCCACGAAAGAAAUCCACCGGCAUUCUUGCGUUCGGUGUUGUGGUAGAAAAAUUCGACUGGAUAAUAUCAAUAAUAAUAGCGCAGCUAGUGGUCUCUGGGGAAGCCGUCUACUUGCACACAGCAGAAAUGAUAAUUCUUCAGUGGCGCGUACCUGGGCACGAAUACGUGGAACUGUUGUUCGCAAUGCGAUUUCAUACAAAUGCGACUUGUGCUAUGUGA